CGGACGCCUCGCAUUGCACGUCUCGCUAACAUAAUAAGUGCCAAGUAGACAAUUUACAAAAAUCUGAUUAAUACAUGAAAUGAUAACUUAAAAUAAUAAAUAAAAUAAAAAAAAAAAAGCGAAUAAAUACAUACUUACACAAAUACAGAACAAAAGUUUCGUGGCAAAAAGAAAAAAGGGAAUGACCGAAAAAUGAAGUUUCAGAUACUAAUUUAUCUCACCAUUAUUUCUUUUACAUCAGCUAAUGCUGGAAGACAAAUUGAUGCAAGAUGUUUUGUAUCAGAUAAUACUGCAUCAGAUACUGCUGCAUCAGAUAAUAAAACUGAAGAGAUCAUAAUUGCGGAACUAUUCGAUUCGUGCAUUAAACGUUUAAAUCAUGGAUUUCUGAACACGCUACCCUUCCGGCAUUGGCUUAUUAACAAAGUCCUCAGACUCCUAGAGAAAGCGGAUUACAAAAUAUUACCAUCUAUAAUGAAUGGUAUAAAUAAAAUAAUGCAGGCACUUCCGGCAGAAGAAGGCGAUGUUUAUUACACUAAUGAGGUGAUCAGCAUAUACAAUACCAUCAUGACGAAAGGUCCAAGUAUACAGCGUCAAACUGCUGAAUUAAAUUCCAGUAAUAAGCUAUCGGAAGGUUUUGAAAGAUACAUGGAUAGCGUGUCCUCAAAACUUGUACCAACUAGUCGUUGUGGUAUAGUGGCACCAAACAAAACAGCCACCAACAGCACAAACAUCGCUCAUAAUGUGGAGACUAUUGAUCGAGCCCAUAUUGGUGUGUUUGCACAAAUCUCAACGAAUAUCAUUGCUAUUCACAUAAACCCUAAUUGUGCCAAUAUUUCGGGUGUGGCCAUUUAUGAUUAUAGCACCUCAGUGCACUCAACUGUGUCACCAACCAUUCUAAUGCAUACCACUAUCGGAAAAUUUCGUUUUCGGUUUGUUUAUUUGAAUGAAUCAGCUAAUGAGUUAAUGCAUGAAGCCGGACUUCACGUGGCAACAUUUGUGCCCUUAUCGCUCUGGGAAUACUUACGUACAAAUAUCGUGCAACCAAAUAAGCCAGCCACAAUAGUAUUGAAGAUAUAUACGAAUGAUUCACUUUUCGUGGAACAAAGUGAAGUGCAGACACAAAAGCCAUUCAGCAAAAUAUUGUCUAUCUCCAUUCCGGGUUAUUCAGUCACGUUUCCGGAAUACUUACCUUUUAUUUUACGUAAUGAAAAUUAUGGUACUGCUACUAGCUCAAACAUAAGCUCCAAUUGUGGUUACUGGAAUUAUUCAACUUGGGUUAGUCAAGGUAUUGUGAAGCAAACGCAGGAUAAAGCUGUUAUAUUGUGUGAAACAAAGAAUUUAACUUCCUUUUCAUUUUUGCUUGGUGGUAGCUAUAGGCAACAUGACUUUAAUGGCAGAGUGCUUAUUACUGCUGCUAAUCAGCAUGUUUUGGACUUAAUAUCAUUGUUAGGCUGUACAUUAUCAUUACUAGGCUUAUUGGGUAUUUGGGUUACUGCAGCGCUUUUUAAAAAGUGGCGUAAAUUGGCUUCAACCAAAGUCUUGCUUAAUUUGUGCGCUGCUUUAACUCUUCAAAUGGUGCUUUUCAUCUUUGUGAAUACUGAUGACAUGGCUGAAGAGUUGGUCAGGGAGGGCAGCUACGCUAAUUGUAUGGCACUCGGUGCUUUAAUGCAAUACUCAAUUUUGGUGUUGUUCUCAUGGAUGUUAAUAAUUGCUUUUCUGCAAUUUCAACGUUACGUUACUGUGAUUGGCAUCGAACGUCCUCGACAUUACAUUUUAAAAUCAGCACUAGCUGCCUGGGGUUUGCCACUUAUUCCCACACUUUUAGUCUUAUGCAUUGAUCCACAUUCGUAUGUACCAACAGCGUAUCAACUGCGAACAGACAGCGGUGUAUGUUAUCCAUCUGGACAUGGCCUGCACUUUGGCGUCAUACUGCCUGUCUCUUUGAUUGUCUUGGCGAAUUUAAUUAUUUUCAUUUAUGUUUUCUAUAGCAUUUCACACUCACUUAAUCAAACGUUACAGCGACAGGAACGUAAAAUGGUCGUGAAACAAAUACGUCUAUCUAUUUUACUCUUCUUUUUGCUAGGACUCUCAUGGAUAUUUGGGAUAUUUACAUUCAUGAAGGCCGGCAUUGUGUUUGCUUAUCUCUUCUGUUUGACAGCAACAAUUCAAGGCUUCAUUCUAUUUAUUUAUUUUAUUUUAUUGGACGAAUUGCCCAGAAAUGCCUGGUUAAAUCUCAUUUUCAAUGAUAGAAAACCGAAGAAGGUUGUGAAAUCAACCGAGCUACAGUCUAUCAGUACGAAUACCACCGGCACUACGAGUGAUAAUCAACAGAAUUAAAUGAACAAAUUAAUUUUAAGUGGAAGAAGUAAUUUAUUAACGUUUCUGUAUGUAAUUUCAUAUAAAAUUUAUAUU